AAACAUUGUCGAAAUGGCAAAUCUCGUGAAUUGAAGAAACUGAAACCAGUUGCACAUUUUAUAGCGUACAUACUGAACAACAGAACUAACAAGUUCUCCUAGUUCUUAAAGAUAUGAUUUAAAAUUUAACCUUUUGGAAAUAUAAACACAAAGAAAAGACUUCUAAAAAAAUGAUUCCUUCUGAGAAGAAAAAGUUGGUUCUGAUAGCUUCAGUUAUAGCUGCCCACUGGACCGUGGCCAUGUCGAUGGUGUUCAUUAACAAAUCCCUGGUCAGCGGCCGUGCCCCACACUCAGACAUCUCCGUCUUCCUGGUGUGGGUACAGAACAUCAUCGGCAUAUCUAUUCUGAUACUAAUGAGUUUUAUGUCCAGCUUCUUCAAAUUCUCAUGGGACCGCCCUGGGUUUGAUCCUGCAAACCUUCUCCACCCUGAUAUGAUCAUGGCAUCUGUAACCUUCACUGGGACUCUAGUGUUCAACAACCUUAUGCUCAAGUACAUUAGUGUUGCAUUCUACCAAGUAGCCCGUUCACUGACUCUUAUAUUUGUUAUAUCUCUAAGCGUGGUCAUCUUGCGUGAGAAAAUUACGUCCAAGGUUAUUCUUUCAUGUUUUUUUAUCAUCAUGGGAUUUUAUAUUGGAGUUGAUAACGAGAUCUUGUCUAACGGUGUGCACUUGAUUGGUGUUGUGUAUGCAAUCAUUGCAAGUUUACUAGCCGCUCUUUGUGGAAUUUUUUUCAAAAGGAUACAGAAAAAUCGUCAGCUCUCAUCUGUUCAGCUAACAUUCAACAACUGUUUAAUCAGCACUCUAGGACUGACCCCGUUGAUUUUCACAACCUCGCAGCUGGAUAAUUUCUUUUCCUCUUCCAUGUCGGAUGACGUGACCGUCCGGAUGCUGUUGCUGUUGUCCGGAGCCAUGAGCCUCUCCAUGGGGUGGCUCAGCGCCCUCCAGAUCUCCCUCACCUCCCCGCUGACCCACAACAUCAGCAUCAACGCCAAGUCUGUGUUCCAGACGGUGCUGGCCGUCAUGUGGAGCGGGGAGAGCAGGGCCUGGGUAUGGUGGCUGGGCAACGGGCUGGUCAUGGCUGGUAUAGCCACGUACACCGCCAACAAGCUGAGCUUCAGCAACACCCCCGCCUGCAACAUAGACGUGGAGAUACCAGAGCCUGCUGAUGUUCCUCUAGGCUCUGUGAGAUCAAACAGGGAUAAAUAAAUAUUGAUAGACAGACAGAUGGCUCUGUGAGAUCAUAAUUAAGUUCUCAACACAAGCAGAUGAUCUUAAUUUAAUUGUACAUAGCCCACGAUAAUCUGGAUACAUUCCAAAUUCUGAUGCAUGAUCAUUCAUAGAAAAUUGAAGGAUUAGUGAUUAGUGCUACUAGCAUUAAAUUAAGUCUUACCUAAUUUCACUGUAAUUUGUUUUAGUUAGGUGUAAUGUCAUAGUUCUUUAAGUUAAAAGCAGUUUGUUUAUUUUUACAUAGCAACUUUGAAUAGGUUGGAUAUAGAACUUACACUGUCUUCACAGUGUGAUAUUAUAAUGUAUGAUGUUGGAAAUUCUAUUCUUUCUACAGUGUGACAUUAAUAAUAGUGUUUUAUAUAUUCCAUUGUUUUUACAGUGUGAUAUUAGUGUGACUUUAGAUGUUUUAGAUAGAUUGGACAUAGUUACAAUAGCUACAUUGUUUUCACAGUGUGAUUUAAAAAGAAUGGUUUUUAUUUUUAUAGUGUGACAAACAAUAUGAGAAUAGAAGUUACAUUGUAUUUUACAAUGUGAUAUUUCUAAGUACAAUUUUUGAAUAUCCACUGUGUGUUUUAGACAUUCCAUUGUUUUUACAGUGUGAAUGGUGCAUCUCCCGGUAUCUGCUCAGAUUUAAGUUUUAACAAGUUCUCAUAGUUAAAGUAUUACACUACAUAUCAACAAAUGAUUGAUGCUUUCAGAUUUUACAACUGCUAGAGUAUGACAUAGAUCAAUAUUUUGCAGAUUUACCUCUGUUGUAUUCCCUGAGACUAGAAAAUGGUUUGAAAUUCAAGCCAAUCCUUGUAAAUAUAUUUGAGAGCUCACUGGCAACUAAGGGAUUAUGUACAUAUGUAGAAAUGAUUAUGUUAUUUUAAGGAAUUGCAGGGGCAGCUAAUUGUUUUUAAAGAUAAACAGACACUUAAUGUUAUUUCUCCUAAAUUUAUUAUCUAGCCACAUUUUUGUUUUUGAUAUUAAAAGAACACUUAGUUUCUCUUACAAACAAAUCAGCUACACAUUAUUUAUCUCUGAUACCUUGGGUUGUAGAAGUAAUGUCAAAACGAAAAGAUUUACAUUUUUUUAUUAGUCUUGGCCACAUAUUUGUAUACAUAAAACCUACUGAAAAGACUUAUUUAGUUUAAAAAGCUGACUGUAUAAUUCAUGAAUCACAUUUCAUCAAUUUCUUGUCAUUUUUUUUCCAGUAAUCAUAUUAAUAUUAAUGAA